AGUGCGUGACGCUCUGGCUCAUCCUCUGUUUGCCCAGCCGGGAUUUUUUCUUCUCGAGCCAACUUCAGAGAGCAGCUGCCGAGACAUUUUUCACUUCACGCUCUUCACAUUUAAGACCGAUGUUGCGAAAGACGGCUAAAAAUACAACCGAAGCGACCUCUGAAUCUGGGAUCGAUAUCGAAAAUGGCGCUAAAGGAUCGGCUCUACGUUGCGUGUGCUCCCACUUUCUGCUCUUGACGAAGAUUUCUCCACGCCCCGGGCGUUUUUCUGCAGAUGAAGCAGCCCUGUGAUGUGGUGCCCUGAAGCCCCGCCAUGUCCAAGACGUGCCUGGAGGCUCCGCUACUCGAAGAAGGCAGCAGCGCCAUCGCCGACAGCACCGACAGAAGUUGGCCAUCAUGGGCCCUGUACAAGGGCCUGACCUUCUCAUCUCUGUCCAGUCUCUUCUUUUCCUUGUGCACGGUGAUCGUGAAAAGGCUCCACUACCUCUAUCCUGGUCAGCUUGCAGUCAUCCGGUUCCUGGGGAUACUAGUCUUCACUGCACCGCUGGUGAUCCUCAGCCGUCAACAUCCCUUGGGGCCUCCUACACUGCGUCCCCUACUAGUGCUAAGGGGCCUUCUCGGUGCCACCAGCCUCUUUCUCCGCUUCUACGCCAUACACUACAUGCCCAUUGCCGAUGCCUCAGUCAUCAUCUUCAGUGUACCUGUCUGGGUCUCAGCACUCGCCAAGCUGUUCCUCAAAGAACCGUGCGGCUUCUUCCACGCCUUCACGGUUAUGCUAACACUAAUCGGUAUCUUACUCAUCACGAAACUACCGCUACUCUUCGGCGGAGCCGACUUCGUUGGCUUUGAAGUACGAGGGGUGCUGGCAGCUCUGGCUUCGACCGUCUUCGGCGCCAGCGUCUACAUUGUGGUGCGGAAGGUGAAAGGAGUCCACCAUUCUGUGAUCAUGGUCAACUUCGGCUGGGUGGCCAUCUUAGAGACUUCUUGCAUUACGCUGCUGAGCAGUCGAUUUGAACCGGUGCACUGCGGGUUAGACCGGUGGCUCCUGGUGCUUCUGGGGGCCUUCAGCUUCGGCGGUCAGGUGCUGCUAACGCGUGCGUUACAAAUGGAACAGGCGGGUCCUGUGUCUGUGGUGCGUUCCGCGGCAGAUAUAGUGUUUGUGUUCAUCUGGCAAGUGCUUUUCUUCGGCGAAGUUCCGGAUUGGUACACCAUGUCCGGCGCUCUCCUGGUGACACUCAGUGUACUUCUUACGGGCCUAAGGAAGUGGCUGCUGUCACUGCCGGAAAGUUCGCGGACGAGAGCAAGGCUAGCCUGUCUGACCCUCUGAGAACCAACGUCUCAUCGCGAGUCAUAUCGAUCUUUCUGUGAUAACCUGAUAUUCUAUAUUUGAAGAUGGUUGAUGCUGUGCAAAGCCUCAGUGCGCAAUAAUAAAAUUUGAUUCUGUUGCCAUA